AGGUACUCGAGUCUCUUAGAACUCCAAGAUAAGGCUACCAAGAUCAUUAAUUAGUAUCAUAUAUUUUAUGGAAAUAAAACCAUAACAAAUUUAUAACCAACCAGCUUGUAAUAAAGGAUAAGCAGCCAAGUUAGAUGACUGCAAGCACCUUGUUUUCAAGGUCUCGAAAUCAUCUUCUCGUGACCCUUCCUUUUAUUCCAUGUUAGUUGUUGUAUAGUACUACCUGAAAAUGGCAUCCUUUUUGCCGGAAAUUGUCCUGACUAGCUCCCCUGAUGGCCCCAUUAUUGCGUAUGAUCCUUACUCAGGUGCCAUCAUAGCUCACUUCACUGGAAGCCGAUCACCCCCGAAAGGCCUCACCCUUGCUGGAAAGGGCCUCAUUGCAGCCUCCCAUAUCUCAGCCACCGGUGCAGGCUCAAUCAACCUCUAUAACUGGUGGUCUUCCGCGGUCUUCAACCACCUCCCUCUCCCUGAACCAGUGGCUCCGCUUGCUGCCACUCUUGACGGUGCAUACCUCUUUGCUGGGGGACUUUCUGGCCACAUUUAUUCCAUCUCACUGCCCUCAGGGAAGACAAUUCAAACGUUUCCUGCACAUUCCAAGUCUGUCUCCUGCCUUGAAAUCAACGAUGAUGGGUCUCUCCUCAUAUCUGGUAGUGACGAUGGCUCCAUUGUAGUAGCCCCAAUCUUCCAGCUUGUGGCGACCUCACCAGAUGGCACAUGCAAGUUCUGGAGCCUCCCCCAAGGGCUCCUGCUGCGCACGGUGGCUCUCCCGUGUCCCAUGGCAGGCCUGGCAAUCGACCCAACUGAGUCCCAUUUCUACGCUGCAGGGUCAGAUGGCUCAAUCUACAUUGGAGCAACAAAGUCCCCAACCCGACAACUGACCAAACGAAACCUGCAAGUGAUCAAAUGGCGUGAGAAGCAUGGUGGGCCAGUAGUAUCAUUGGCAAUGCUGAAUCAGGGGCGGAACCUGGUGUCAGGAUCGGAAGACGGGAAUGUCUGGAUCUGGGAGGUGGAGAAAGGGCAGGUGAUGACGGUGCUGGGCAAUGAGAUGGUGAGCAUCAGCGACCUGGUGAUGGCCAGGGGGGUGGCUAAUAGUAGAGGGAGCAGUUCCAAUCUGGGAAUAAACAUGGAAGAAUGGAGGGAGAAGUCAGGAUUAGCAGCAAGGGAGCUGAGCAGGCCAGUGAGGAAGAUGGAAGAAAUGAAAGAGAAGCUGGGGGUGGCAGUGAAGGACAGGAGUAGAGCCAUUGAUAUACUUGAAUCAGCCAUUGGAGCAUAUGAAAGGCUGUUGGAACUCAUUCUCAAGGAAGCCAAGGGAGGCACUGGCAACAAGAGUGGAGGAAAAGAGAAAGAAAGUAUGUGAGUUUCUUGUCAUGAUGAGACUAUAUGGUGGAAUGAAUUAAUAAAAUCCAAAAAAAAAAAAAAAAGCCAAACUAGUAUUUGAUGCUUUCCUUCUCUGGACCCACCUUCCGUAUGUGUGAGGGAAAGGGUUGGAAUUCGAUAUUGAAUUUGGUUCCGAAGUAUAGAUUGUAAAAGCCUCAGAAAAAUGACAUCUCACUCGGAAUUUCGGA